CGUCACAAGAUUCCCAAAGCAAAGACAGAGAUAUGGAACUACUCUAUCUUCUCUGCUCCCUACUUUCAACUUCCAUCACUUCUUUCUUCCUCUCCGUUCUCCUCCAUUUCCGCCUUCUCCUCCGCCACUUUGGCAUCCGUUUUGACGCUGGAGCAGACUCUGUUUCUCUCUACGAAGGCACUGUCUGGCACGAACGCCGUAGUCCCGUUCACCAUUCCUUCCGGUACCCGGUGCGCUACGCACUCAUUGACCUUGACCAUGCGCCUCAUAAUCCACCUGACCACCUCUCAGCUCACGAAGCUCGCUCCAUUUCUGGUACCAACGGCCCCGUUCUCUUGUUGACAAUACCACCUAGUGUGGGAUAUGUGCAAAACCCGUUGAGUUUGUACUAUUGCCAUGAUAUUGAAGGCUCUUCGCAGAGGUUGGCGAAAUGCAUUGCUGAGGUGACUAACACCCCAUGGAGUGAAAGAGUAUCAUUUUUGUUCAAUCCAAACUCAGAUGUAGUUGCCAAAGCCCUUCACGUUAGUCCCUUCAUGGAUAUGCUAGGUAACUGGAGCAUGAAAACAAAUACCCCUGGCAAUAAUCUGUUUGUUACAAUUUCAGUAAAUCACCCGAAACAUGGUGACUAUUUCUCAGCUUCAUUGAUGGCCAAAAGAGUAUCUUCCUCCACACAUACUGAUAUUGCUUUAUUCUUCUGGCUAAUGCCUCACAAGGUUGCACUAUGGAUAUAUUGGCAGGCUCUCAAGCUUUGGUGGAAGGGUGUUCCUUUCUUGCAACAUCCAAGGUAUUACAACCCUAGAUACAGAGGAGAAGCCAUACUAUUUGAUGAAAAGCUUCAAUGCUGUCCAGCAUUUGUAUGUGAGACACAGAACAAUCAACAGGCUGAAGAGCACUGUUCCGGUCCUGCAGCUCACUCAACUUCAGAACAUCAUUGCUUCACUUGGAGGGAUGCAAAAUGGCCCUGGUGCUAAAACAAAUGCAAUUUGGAGUAACGCCUUUCCGCAAAUAAAUGGCCUUCUUUGACUCUCAAAGGUGUUAGAUCCCCAAGUAUACACAUGUAUACGUGGUCGUCAAGUAAUAAAGUAAUUCGAGAGUCAGAUGUCGAACCCACAAAUACUUAGAUCAAUUGUUAAUUAAGCAAACUAAAUCAAUUAUUUGUUCAAGGUACUCAAACAUGAUGAUUUUUCUACUAAAACUAGUUUUGCAAGUAUUAAACAAGUAAUUAACUAAACUAAUAAGAAUGCAGAUGUUUAUGAUCGAGUUUUAAUCAAUGGAAAUUAAGAUUUUAGGGUUG